AUGGACCCCGACGCUGAAACGUCUAACGUCGAGCCAGACAAGAACAAUACCAAGCCCAAGCUCCCUGGAUCCAGCGAACAGACUUCAAGCACCUCCUCGCAGGAUUCGUCUGCACUGGAUCUUUCGACACUUGAUCUUUCUAAUCAAUCACCUCCAAUUGUUCCUAACGUGCCUCUUGUCACCUCCACCACCCCCUUUGUAUCAUUGAAAACCGUCAUCAAGAGUUCAACCCUCAUGGAGCCAUUUGUGAACGAUGUGAUUGCCAAGACGCGAAAGCUACUAGACAUUUUCGAUGUCAACUGCUGGUUUAAGCUCAGUGGGAAAUUUGACUGGGUCCGAUGGGAUACCCAACUGAAUCGCGGUCUUUACUGUAUCGAUCAGCACCUUCCACUGAUACUACACGGAGAACUAGUCAAGCCUAUCGACCUAGACGAUGACGACUCCGGCAUGUUUGGCUUGACCACCGCCCAGAAGGAGUUUGCAGUCUACCACGCCUAUGGAACCACUACCCCACUUGCUUAUUUAUCCUACAAUGCACACAUCGAGCGUCAUAUCCGCGAAUGGGAAGAUCUUGACCGGAUUGGCGAAAUGCUGAUCAAACGUGCUCUUGCCCCCAAUGCUCUCGCUUGGCUCGGAAAGGAUAUUCACGGAAUGCUUCCUCAAACGUGGAACGAUCUGAGACCCGGCCAGAUCGAAUCUGCUUGCGGUUUCGUUUCUCGCUUCCAAUGGUUCAAGCGGGCAUAUGAGAUUGAGGAUGGUGGUGUUGGUGUUCAACCUAUGAUUGUGUUUCACAUUUUCACAAAAGCGAUCUUGGUACGUCCGGACUUUGUUGCGUCUGUCGAGCGACUCGAUUUUGAAGGUGAACCCGAUAUGGACAAGAUUUAUGCGGAGUUCGUCCUUUUACAUGACCAUGGCACACACCUUUGCACCUAA